AUGACCACCGUCCUUCAAAUCAAGUCACUAGGUGAGAUUCGAGGGAAGGACCACGACGGGGCGGUCCAAUUUCUUGGGAUUAAAUAUGCCACUCUCAAGAAUAGAUUUGCGGAUGCAGUGCUCAUUGAGCGGCGUGAUGGCGAUGUCCUCGACGCAACCAAGGAAGGACCAACGGCUCUGUCUCCAUCGUUCGGAUGUGACCUGGAACUGGGUAUUCAACAUACACUCCCAAAGAAAGACCUUCCUCAAUCGGAACUGGACUGUCUCAAUUUAAAUAUCACGAUUCCUUCUGGUACCACGGCCUCAUCUAAGCUUCCAGUGUUUCUCUUCAUUCACGGUGGAGGGCUUGUGCUUGGAGCCAACUCUUGGCCACAAUUUGAUUAUGUACGGUUUGUCAAAUUGUCUGUUGAGAAAAAUCUCCCUAUCAUCGCGGUUUCCAUCAACUAUCGCCUGGGUGCAGUCGGCUUCCUUACAUCGGAGGAACUACGUCAAGCUGGAUACAAAGCAAACAACGGACUCAGAGACCAGAGAGUGGCCAUGAGAUGGGUGCAGCAACAUAUUGAAGCCUUUGGUGGAGAUCCUGAGAAUGUCACUCUUGCAGGAAUGAGUGCCGGAGGAGCUUCUGUGACAUAUCAGCUUGAUUCCGAUGAGCCGCUCUUUAAGAGGGCUAUUGUGAUGAGUGGCACAUCUCUUCUGAUCCAACCUCUGCCUUGCGACGUCCACGAACAGAACUACCAGCAGGCCAUUUCAGCCUUAAGACUGGCAGAUCUCAGUCCUCAGGAACGAAUUCAGGCUCUACUGAAGAUCCCUGGUAAGGAACUGUUGGCCAAGAUACCUCCAUCCGUCUUAUCGGCUCCUGCAAUUGAUGAAGAUAUGGUGCUUUCGUUUCCAACAUACACGCAGGUAGCGAGCAAGAACUCGAACAUUCCGAGAGGGAAGAGCUGGUGCAAAGAUAUAUUAAUAGGCGAUGCUCAGAUGGAUGCCAGUAUUAUGGCGCUCCUGAUGGUUCAUACAAAGAAGGAUUGUGCAAGUAAAUUUACCACUGCAAUCAACACCGCUCUCGCAAAUCAUCCGAAGGUGGCGCGCGAUAUCUUAGACAGAUACAAGAUCACCAAGGAAAUGGCAGAUGAUGAGGCGUUUACAGCAAUUCUCAACUACAUCAAUGAUAUUGCUUUCUUUGCUCCCGUCCUAGCAUUUGCAGAAGGCUGGAGAGGGAAUGCAUAUGUCUAUUACUUCAACGAGGGGAACCCCUGGGACGGGCCUUGGAAGGAUCAAGCAAGUCAUAUCCUCGACCUAGCUUAUCUGUUCCAGAACUUCCGAGAGUUCAUGAUGCCAGCCCAACAAACACUUGCGGUCACUUUUGCAGAAGACGUCUUCAAAUUUUGCCAUGGCAUCGAGCCGUGGCCUGCUGCCAUUCCUGGUGAUCUGAAAACCAAGUUCACGGCACGAACCUACAAAUCCAGUUCGAGUGUCGGGCAGGUCAAUGCUCCAUACGGCGAAGGAAGCUCGAGAAGAAGUAUUCUUUUCGAUUAUGCUGGUCAAGUAUCGCUGGAUGAGUUGGCAGAUGUGCUCAAUGUGUUCAGAACGCUCUGA